AUGGUAGACAAACUCAGCCUUUUUUGGGCCUCUCUCACUAAACAAGAUCCCAAAGACAUGUGGAAGAAAGGUUGGAAUACAUAUGGAACAUUCAUAAUACAAAAGUUCAAAACUCCAACACAAUAUUUCAUUAGGGAUUCAAGAUUGGCUAAUGAAAUUGGAGAUUUAUUACAAUGUCAUUUAAUAAACUCAAAUGGAAUUGUCCCUUGUGACUCUGCUACAUACAACAACGUUGAAAUCUUGAACUCAUUCAAACAAGUUGCAAGCAAUAAGGAUAUGUCUUUCACUUGCAAAGACAUUAAUACAACUCAUGCUUAUUUGAAUCAAGUUACAUUUUGCUACACAAAUGAUGUAAAGAUAUUUGUGAAUUGUCCAACUUCUGUCACUAACAAACGUUGUCGUAUUCAAAACAUUAUUGUUCAUCGUCCUUCACCUCCUGUUCCAGCUUCACAGGCUCUUCUAAUGAAAGGAGAAAAGCUUCCAGCCAAUAGCUUAUGGGAGAAUCAUCCGGAGUAG